GAACGAGAAGUGACGAUCCGUUCACCAAGUCGGAGAUUCAAGUGACCAAAAUCGGACAGUUUUGUUCAGUGUUGUUAGCAAAAAUUAGGAUUUCAUUUGUAAUUGGGAUUUUAUGUUAGCAAAAAUUAGGGUUCGUUCACCAAAUCGGAGAUUCAAGUGGCCAAAAUGGGACAGUUUGGUUCAGUGAUGCUCCAAUCUCCUUAUCUGAGUUGGGAAUUGAGAAUUGGGAAUUGAUCAGAUCUUACUUGCUUCUGCUGCUGCUAACUUCACUCGUGGAUAGUUUGCUACUGCUUUGAGUCUGAGAUAUUUUGUACCAAGAUGCAAAGAGAACACCGUUUGUUCUGUUUUCACUCGUCCAACCGUACGAUCCACAAGUUGUCACUGGAUCCCAUGACACGACCAUUAAAUUUUGGGACCUUCGAUAUGAUGAAUGCGGAGCCUGAGUACGCGACAGCUAAAAUAGCGGUGUGGUGGGACAUGAAGGGCUGUCCGAUUCCCCGCGAGGGUUAUGAUGCUCGUCGGGUCCGUCCGAGCAUAGAAGGGGCGUUGAAGAAACGAGGCUACUCGGGUCCUGUCUCCAUCACCGGGUAUGGCGACCAAAGACAAACCCCUUAUCACAUCCUGAAAGGGCUCUCUUCCACCGGAGUCGGUCUUGCACACAUCAAACCCGAAAGCAUAUACUCACUCAUGUAUUCGAAUAUGCUGGAGUGGCGAGAUGAUAAUCCUCCUCCGGCUUCAAUGAUGCUCAUAUCCGACCAGUGGCGAGAAGUCUUCUCUUGGGAUCUGGCCCGUCUACAACAGCAGACGAAAUACGACUUUUUUCUGGUUUAUCCAUCAAGGACUCGCGCAUGCUCGACGCUGGCUACUUGUAAAGAGUGGACCUGGGAAAGCUUACUUGAGCCCAAAAGCGCACUUGUUGAGGAAAACUGCAGUAGUGAAUUAUCUUCUGCCAAGUUUUAUUGCAAAUCGUGCUGUUUCGAGUGCCAUACCCUGAAGGGUUUCAGGACUCAUCUCUCGAGAAGAAAGCAUGCAGUGCAAGAGGUUAUGAACCCUAUACAUCCAGAUCUUGACGAUGUAACGAGGAUGUGGGGAAAGAACUAUGCUGCGACGCCUGAAUACGCGACAGCUCAAAUAGCGGUGUGGUGGGACAUGAUAGACUGUCCGAUUCCCGAGGGUUAUGAUGCUCGUCAAGUCCGUCGGAGUAUGGAAGUGGCUUUCAAGAAACUAGGCUACUCUGGUCCUGUCUCCAUCACUGCCUUCGGCGACCACAAACAAACCCCUGAUCACAUCCUGCGAGGGCUCUCUUCCACUGGAGUCGCUCUUGCACAUACCACUCCCAAAAUCCAAUACAAGCGCAUCUUUGCAGAUUUGAUGACGUGGCAAAAACAUAAUCCUCCUCCGGCUACAAUUAUGUUCAUAUCCGAUACUAUGGCUACAAUUGCGUUCUCAGAGAUUCUUGCCCGGGUACAACAACGGACGAAAUACAACCUUUUUAUGGCUUAUUCAUGUAGGCCUUACGAAAUGUCAGCCCUGCUCACUUCUGCAGAGUGGCUUUGGGAAAGCUUACUUGCAGAGACACAAAGACGCGUUCUUCAGAAGUGCAGUGUUCUUCAGAAGUGCAGUGAAAGGGGUGAAUCUACCAAAAUGUUUUAUUGCCAAUACUGCUUUUGUGAGUGCGAAAGCCUUGAAAAUUUCAGGAAGCAUCUCUCAAGCGAAAAACAUGCAAGCAAUGAGGGUGUUGAUGUUCCUGGGAGUAUUAGUUUGAACCACUACUAUCAUAGGCUACACCUCAAGGCCAAAGUACUAGAAAGUUUUCCAAAGACCGUACGUACGAGGAAAGCAUACCGGACUGGAUUUGGUCAUCUUCAUAAUCAUUUACGUCUUACUUAUCGUUGAGCUCGACGUAGGCCUUGAAUAUUUCUAACCUGCAAGAAAGAGUGGUGAAGUUGUUAAUUUACUCGAGUGAUAAGUCCUGGAAGCUCUUCGUUUUCGUUUCUGCCAAUGUUUUCAAUUUGAACUAUUUAUUUUUCAUUUUGUUUGCUUAAAAUGCUGGUUAUAUACAUUUAAACAAAAAGUAAGUUAAU